CAGUUGUCGCUGAGCAUUGUGGGUAGCGGUAAUGGCCGUUGACGCUAUGAAACAUAAACUUUUUAGUCAGUUUUGUGUUUUUGUAUUGGUUUUAUCGCCGUUUUAUUUUUCUAAUGCGGGCGAACUGCAGUGGGACGAUAAUGGAUACAUACUGUACUGCCCCUGCAUGGGUAGAUUUGGGAACCAGGCUGAUCAUCUCCUGGGUGCCCUGGGGUUUGCACGGAUGCUAAAUCGUACUUUGGCUGUGCCUCCGUGGAUCAUCUACAGGCAUCACUCGCCGCCCUUCACGAAUCUGCAUGUUCCUUACAGGGAAUUAUUCAAGCUGGAGCCUCUGCAGCAGUUUCACAGAGUCGUCAGCCUCGAGGACUUCAUGGAGCGGCUGGCCCCCUCUGGCUGGCCCCCGGGCCAGCGAGUGGCUUACUGCUUUGACGCCGCAGCGCAGAGGAGCCCAGACAAAAAGAGCUGUCCCAUGAAGGAUGGGAAUCCUUUUGGGCCUUUCUGGGACCAGUUUGGAGUGGAGUUCGAUAGGUCUGUCCUCUUUGGAGGCAUUUCCUUUAACAGUUACUACAAGCAACACUGGAUCAAAAAAUUCCCUCCAUCAGAGCACCCUGUGGUGGCUUUUCCAGGGGCUCCUGCCCAGUUCCCCGUGCUUGAGGAGCACGUGGGUCUCCAGCGCUAUGUGGUUUGGGCUGAUCAGAUGGCCCAGGAGGGGGAAAGCCACAUCAAAUCCCUGCUCGUUCGGCCCUACGUAGGGAUACACCUGAGGAUUGGCUCAGACUGGCAAAACGCCUGCAAGCUGUUAAAAGAUGGGGAGGCAGGACCACACUUCAUGGCCUCCCCGCAGUGCGUGGGGUACAACCGCCAAACUGCUCUGCCACUCACCAUGGACAUGUGUCUGCCAGACCUGAAGGAGAUCAAGCGGGCCCUCAAAGUGUGGGUGAAGAAGACCAAUGCCAAGUCCGUCUACAUUGCUACUGACUCUGAAUCUCACAGCAAAGAGAUAGAGAAGCUGUUCAAGGGAAAUGUUAAGAUUGUAAGUUUGCAGCCUGAUGUGGCUCAGAUAGACCUGUAUAUCCUGGGACAGGCAGACCACUUCAUUGGGAACUGUGCCUCCUCUUUCUCUGCCUUCGUAAAACGGGAACGCGAUGUUCACAACAGACCUUCCUCGUUCUUUGGAAUGGACUAUCCUGGAAAGAAAAGAGAUGAACUGUAAGACCGCAGCAGAUGAGGUCAUUCACUGUUGGUUGCUGUGCUGGAAAUAGCCAGGCUUCUAAUAGGUUAGGUAAGAGGGGGGAAAUGCAAGUUUAUUUUUAGUGAGCCUUCACUUGUGCAAAGAAAACUUUACUAUAUCAUGACUGACAGUAUACACUGACAGUAUACACAUUACACAUAGUAUACUGAUCUCAUAACAAUUAACAGACACUCUUCAGAAUUACUUCUCUUCAGUUUUGUCAUGUUUUUAAAAUCUUUAAAAAAAAGUAACUGAAUUUUGUCUGCAAUCCUUAAAAAGGCUGGAUUACUACUGUUUAGAAAAACUAUUUUCUGGUAAAAUUUGGCUUUAAAAGAAUAUAUGGGUAGUAUAUUCAUAAAUAGUCACAAGAUUUUCGAUUACUUUUCUGAGAUCUGCGAUUUAAUGAUCAUGCAUAUUUUAUUUUGACAUUGAUUUUAGUACCCAUUCCCAUUUUUAAUGACUCUUUCUUUCAGUCUCUGCUAGAACACAAGCACAAAUUCUGGUAAAUUCUGUAAUCUGUGGAUACAGAAAGCUUCAACACAUUACAUUUGUUUCAGCAGUUUGAUAACAGAUGUCUGAUUUGUUGUGGGAGAUUGAUGGACGGGUUUAUUAAACUUCCAAGAAUGGAACAGAGGAGUUUUAGGAAUUAUGGUUUUGGUGCUUCCUGAUCUUGCUCUCUGUCAGGAAAUCUGGGAUAAUUCAGAUAUCUCGUGUCCAUGGGACUGGACAAAGUGAGCAAGAUGUGAGAACUAUAGCUGUAGUUCUUUGGAAGUACAUAAUUGUGUGAAACUUUCUUAAGGCUAAGAAAAAUUAAGUGUUUUUUUCUGUUGCUUUUGUCAUUUUUUACUUGCUCAAGUGUAUACAUGUAUAUUGGGGUUGAAAGAUUAGAGAUGGGUUCUUCCCUGGUUUUUGUACAAGCUUGAGAAUACCAAUUGAAACAAUUUUUUUUUUAGGAACAAAAUGAUAUAGAUGUUCAAAAGCUGAAAAAAAAACUGUGUAUUUUUUUAUACACUUAAAUUGAAGAUUCUGAGUACAUAGAGUACCUGAGCUCAACUGUAUUACUAAAAACCCAGAAAAUCAUGGACUGUCAGGAAGAUUUUAGAGCUUUUUAUAGCUUUCACUGUGAAUGCCAUUAGCACUGUGGAUGUUGGGAUUCAGUGCUACGUUUAGAUGUACUAUACUCAGACAUGACUAACAAGAUAAUCAGCUGUGUUUUGAUACUGUCAUUCAUUUUGAAUUGUGUAUUCUGAAAUAUCGGAAGUAUUUUUUCAAACAAAAAAAACAAUUUUACAUGUUUGUCAGUUUUGUCAAUUUGACAUCAAUUUCUGUCGGUUUAUAUUGGAUAUGUAUUUUGUAUUAAAUAAACUGAUUUCACCGGUAAUAAACUUUUGAAGCGAUUUUCUU